AUGUCCCGCCCAGAUUCUUCCUCCGCCGCUCAGAAUGGCACCACUACCACCACCACUAGUGCACUUUCGCAGAGCAAUAUCAGUCAGGUUCCACGCGCAAACCACAGCAGUGUUGACCGAUUUGCUCGGGCUUCAGCUUCGGAAGGCCCAUACUACGCUGGUGCAGCUGCAGCAGAGCGAUCCACUCAUCUCGCUGGGCUAGCAAAUCAAGUCAAUGCUCUGGAUGAGAUCAUGAAGAGCCGGAAGUAG